AUGGCCGACCAGAGCACAGUGCAGGACAACCUCCCGCCUCCGCCGCCGUACGUGGCCGAGUCGCAGCAGCACGGAGACGACGCCUCGACGGCCCCGCCCCCGGCGUACGACCACGUCGAGACGCCGGCCGAUCCCGUACACGGCGACGAGAAGCGUCGACAGCACGAGGCCAUCGCCGCUCCGAGAUCCCACGGACCGGCUUUAUCUGCAUCCUCAUCAUCGCCGCCACCGCCACCGCCACCCGCAGAAGCCUCCUCUUCCUCCUCGUCGCGCGGUGGCAGCAGCAGCAGCAACCCGUUCAACCUGAUCAGAAGCGCCAAGGAGGCGUACGAGGCGCGGCAGGCCAACAAGAAGGUCGACUACUACGAGAAGAUGUACGGGUUCGUGCCCAAGAACGUCAUGACCGAGGCCGAGUGGAAGCGGGCGCGCAAGGAGGCGCCGCGGGAGAGGAAGCCGUUUGAGUCGUAUGUGAAGAAGCAGUACUUUGGAUCGUGGGACUGA